AUGACGAUUGUGGAACAAAAUGGAGGGCAGUACCAUGUUCUUCUCAUCAUUGCUGAUGGACAGGUGACACAAAGUUUUGACACACAGAACGGUGGAGUCAGUCCACAAGAACGUAAGACCAUUGAUGAUAUCGUUAGAGCAAGUCGGUAUCCAUUAUCGGUAGUUCUGGUUGGUGUGGGAGAUGGUCCUUGGGAUAGAAUGAGACAGUUUGAUGAUAACAUCCCUGCUUGUGCCUUUGACAACUUCCAGUCAUUAACUUACAGUUUCUUUUUUCUUUUGUUUUUUCUUUUCUUUAUGGGGAAGAACCUUGAUGAUGGAAAAAAAGAAGCAGAGUUUGCAGCUUCAGCCUUGAUGGAGAUCCCUUGUCAGUAUAAGGCCACCCUCGAACUCGGCUUACUCGGACGAAGAACUGGAAACUGUCCAAACAAGAUUGCUCGUCCACCACCAGUAAGUGGUCACAAUCGAUCUAUUAGCAACAGCUCGAUAAGUUCCUGCAGGUCAAGCAGUGUUGCCUCUGCACCGGCUGGUAGUAACGAGAACCAGGUUUGCCCGAUCUGUUUGGUUAAUGCAAAGAACAUGGCAUUCAACUGUGGACAUCAGACUUGCGACGAGUGUGGAAAUAACAUUCAAACAUGUCCUAUUUGCCGUGUCUCUAUUGCAGUUCGUUUCAAGCUCUAUUAG